UUUCCCCAUCUGGCAGUCACGCCGGUGCCAAGCUUUUUCUUCGGGGUUUAUCUUCACUAACAUCGAUAAGUUUCCAUAUCGCCAUGACCUUGCUUCGAAACGUCUCCUGUUUCUCUGCUCGAAGCCAUCCAACUCCAUUACCAAAGGGUGCUGUGGGAGAAAUUAUGCCAGUUGCCCAGAGUCUACCGCAUAAUACCACUUUAGGGGAGAUGUUAGGAGCUUUUGAAGGAAGAGUUAGUGAGAGAGAUUGUGUGAAGACGUUGGUCCUGAUGGGUCGACAUGGUCAACUGAUUUGCUUCUUGUGGUUUUUUGAGUGGAUGGGAUUGCAGGAGCCAUCUCUGGUAACACCCCGCGCGUGUUCCGUUUUGUUUCCAUUGCUAGGAAAGAGAGGGAUAGGAAAUGAGUUGGUGGUUUUGUUUAGGAAUUUGCCUCAGACGAAGGAGUUCUGGGAUGUUCUUGUUUAUAAUGCUGCCAUUUCCGGUCUUCUCGCCUGCGGAAGGGUUGGGGGUGUGCUUAUCAUUCUCUCCAACCUAUUAUUUCGUGAUUCAGACUUCAACAUUACACAUCUGUCAAUCUUCCUUCACAUAGAUGUUGGUGACAAGGAUUCUUCUUUUAUUGGCUUAUGUGAAUGGAUUGGUGCCAUUGAGCUGAGCUUUGUUUUGGAUAAGCUUCUUGGUAUGGUGGUGACAAGGAUUCUUCUUUUAUUGGGUCACGUGAAUGGAUUGGUGCCAUUGAGCUGAGCUUUGUUUUGGAUAAGCUUCUUGGUGUAAGUAUGCCAUAAGAAAUCCUGUAAAUAUUCUAGUCUACAUUAUUAACAGACCAGAGUAUGAGAUGGAUUACCAGUUUCAAUCAGCUUGAAAGAUCUCUCUAAUAAGGGGCAUAUCUAGCCUAUGGCUUUAGCAAGGGGCUUUCUCGAGCAGGUCAGUUACAAAAUCAUGAAUGUUAGAUCUGGAUCUGAGCUGCCUGAAAAGUGUCAAGCUUUGGCCUUACACUUUGAGGAUCAAGGAACACCCAUUAUGAUUGGUAAGAUAGAUGAACUGCCAUUCUUACAAUCUAGCUGUUGCUUCUCUUGACAAAGGAUGGUGCAAAAUCAGAUUCGUCACACCUGCUGAUGAGUGCAUUUUUCACCGAACUCUUAAUUAAGAGUUCUGUUUAGCUCCUUUGGAAUGGAUUCUCAUUCAGCAUGAACUAACUGCUCGCUGCUUGGUGUUAAUGCAGGUGGUGGUGUUCUUGCAUAUACACUUUUGGGAGUUGAUUUUAAUGAAGCAAGUGGAGAUUGCGCUUUUCUUAUACUUGACCCCCAUUAUAAAGACAGUGAAGAUCUCAAGAAAAUUAUAGAUGGUGGAUUGUGUGGAAGGAAAAAAGCGGUUGAUAGCUCGGGAAAGAGGUUCUUCUUACAUGAUAAAUUUUACAAUCUUCUGCACGCGUUCAGAUUAGGAAGAGUGACUGGGACUUGACAUCAGUUUGUGACCCUCAAAGGAAAUAGGUUGUAUUUCAGGCUACAAGGAACUUAGUUUAAACUACGGAUAAGAGAGUAAUGUGUGUGAGAAAUAUGUAGACUAAUAAGAUUACUGAUCAUUUGUUGCAGUUCUAGAAGGUCAUUGGAUAUUUGGUUGAA